CGCACGCACAAAGAGGGAAGACCGAGUGCUGGAUGAACGCGAAUCCUUUCGCCGUCCAGGCGCCCGACUCGGUCGAGAGCAUCCUUGACAACGCCGCUGCGUCCUGCAUCGAGUUCAACCACGGGCCAGGUCUCUUUGCGGGCCAAUAUCUCGCCUCGGGCCGGUCCGAUGGCUAUGUUGCUAUCUGGGACAUCGAGACAAAGGGCCUUGUGAGGUGGCUGGAGGGGCACGUCAAGACAGUGACGAGUGUCAAUUGGUCAAAGUACAACCGCUACCUGGCUUCCAGCUCCCUCGACUGGAACGUAAUCGUUUGGGACCUGGCAAAGGGAGCGGGCGAAAGAAAGAGGACUCUCCGGUUCGACACUGCCGUACUCAGUGCCCGCUUUUGCCCCACUGACAGCAGAAUUCUCCUCGUCGUGCUCGAGUCGCAGCAGGCUUUUCUAGUGGAUCUACGGAAGAGAAGGAGACGGAGACGAGCUUCCAAUGGCGCAGCACCGGCCGAGCCUUCCUCUCCGUCACCAUUACAGGGCGAUGACGCCGAAGUGCGCACCGAACUGGGCCUGGAUGCCUACCAGACUGAUGCUCAGGCAGCGCCGUCGUCGAUCAUCAGUGCGAUUUUCUCGCCAGAUGGUUCCAAAGUGUUUGCGGGUACGUCGAAGGGCGAUAUCCUCGUCUUGGACAGAGACACGGGCAGACUUCUUCAUAAGAUGGGGGCAUCGGGUGCGUCGGGAGUCAAAGAACUUGCUUUUGACAGACUGGGGCGGACUCUCGUCGCCAACUCAAACGACCGUGCCAUUCGACUGUUCAGCGUCAUGGUGAAUCGCCAGAGUGGCGAUCGAGACGAGAUCUCUAUGACACCGCUCUUUCGAUUCCAAGACCAGGUGAAUCGAACACCGUGGAUUGGCAUUGGGUUCAGCGGCGAUGGAGAGUACGUUUUUGGAGGUGCUGCGCACAAGAUCUCGCACGACAUCUACAUCUGGGACCGAAGCGUGGGGGCCCUGGACAAGGUGCUGCGAGGGCCGAGGGAUGCACUAAUUGCGGUGGACUGGCAUCCCAAUCGUGCCAUCCUGGCCUCGGUCUCGCAUACCGGCACCGUCAAUCUUUGGUUUACGCCGCCCACUGAGAUCUGGAGCGCCUUUGCGCCUGGAUUCGAGGAGCUCGAAGAGAAUGUGGAAUACGAAGAACGGGAAGACGAGUUUGACCUGGAAGACGAGGACGAAGUUACCCGCAGAAAGCAGGAUGAAGAAGAGGCAGACGUUGACAUUCUAGCUCGACGAAUGACUAGGAACACGUCCAAACCGGCAUUGCUGCUUGACAGUGGCGACGGUGAGCUACAGGAAGAGCCCGAUGAUGAUGUGGACGACAGCUUCUGCCUGCCUGUACGAUUAUCCUUAGACUUGCCAAACCUAGACGAGGACCAAUGAGAAAGCGCUGAUUUGUCAAGGUCCGUGCGGCCUAUGUGUCAACGGAG